AGUCUCUGCUGGCUCCACUGGACAGUGAGCAAUGGCCAACCUGAGUACAAAUUGUUCCCAGGCCCAAAACUACAGCCUGAGACAAGUCAGCUGGAAUGAAAAACUGUCAGAUGCUGCCAUCGUCUUUCAGAGAAGAGUGGACUAAGACCUUCUGUUUCUUUCCUUCUAUUUCCUUCUAUUUCUAUCAGUGUCAAGUGGAUGAGGCCAUAAGUGCCACCUGCCUUUAAAAUGUCCUAGUAAUCACACACCUUGUAAGGAUUUGGGUUGCCCUUGGAGCUGAGCAGGGCUCUUCAUACUGUGCUGAGUCCAAUGCCUUUCCAUGCCAUUCUAUGCAGAUGAUAAUUCGGCUGUGAUUCCCAGGGUAGUUGCUGAGCAGCACUGUGGUGUUUGCACAUCUGCCAGGUUACAGGUGUUUAGAAGUAGGAAUGACUGUGAUGUCUGUGUUGGCAGGUCGCUGAGAGGGGAGUGCAGACACAUCAAUUGCCUGCUGGACCACAAAACCGUGGCACUGGUGGAGUUAGCACGGGCAGUUGCUUUCCAGUUGUUACUGUCCAGUAGCAAACAGUGUGUCCUUGUUUUAGUGGUGGAAGGUCUCCAGGUUCAAAUUCUGAAGCUGCUGCUGAACAACAAGGACAGAGGAGGGGGGGAAGCAUCCAGAUACAUCUUCCUGAACAAAUUCCGCAAGUUUCUUCAGGAAAAUGCUAGCAAUAGAGGGAACUUGACUGUGUUGUGCCCACCAGAGUACAUGGUGUGCUUCCUGCACCGGCUCAUUGCUGCCCUGCGUUUCUUCUGGGAUGGCCACAAGGCAAAGGCACCUGCUGCGCUGAGCAGCGAAGGUAAGGCCUGGAGGAGAAGCUAGCAGGACACUUCUGUGUUUGGGACAGGGUUUGUUUCCUGGCACUGCUCUUCAGGAUGCUGAAAGCUUUGUGUUUCUCAUGGGUGCUGAUGCCUUCUCUGCCAUGAGCCUGUAGAUCCUAGGAAAUUCCUAUGUGCAGAUCUAAUCCCAUUAACACCCAGACCUAUUCUGGAUGAUUCCUCUGAGACUUGCAAAAGAAUAUCUAUAUUGUGAUCUGAUAGUUAAAGUACAGGGAAACAUAUUUGCAGUUUUGCAAGUGAGAACAGACCACAUAAUUCAAGACCCAUGUUUCUAACAGAUGCCACUAGAAUAUAUGGUAUUUCUGCUGUUCCA